GUGCAAAACAGCAUUGCUACCAUCCAAAACUACCCAAUUAACGACUCAAUGUACAAUAGGAGCUUGCGGCAAAUCGGGGCCGUCUAAUUGUCUUUCUCUCUGGGUAAGUGAGAACGAAGAAGAGGAUAGCAAGGGACAGAGAUAUGGCGAAGUGGAAUUCUAUUCCGCUGGAAAUCACUUUCGAAAUUCUCGGAUGGGUUUCAUUCCUAUCAUGGUCCGCCUGUUUCUACCCUCAAGUCAUCUUAAAUUAUCGGCGCAAAAGUGUUGUAGGUUUGAACUUUGAUUUUGUUGUGCUUAAUCUGACGAAGCAUUCCUCCUACUUGAUCUACAAUGUUUCUCUCUACUUUAGCCCUGCUAUUCAGAAACAAUACUUUCAGAGAUAUGGCUUUGAUCAGAUGAUUCCUGUGGCUGCAAACGAUGUGGGGUGUUCUAUACAUGCUGUUCUACUGACGCGCGGUGUUCAGAGAGUCUCCAGGAUAUCUCUAGCAAUUGUAUCUGCAGUAUGGUUAUCUGCCGCAUUUUGUUUCUUCAUAGCUCUGCCAACCCAUUCUUGGCUUUGGCUUAUAAACAUCUUUAACUCAAUUCAAGUGUUCAUGACGCUCAUUAAGUAUACUCCCCAGGUGGUGAUGAACUUCAGGCGAAAGAAUACCAAUGGAUUCAGCAUUGGAUAUGUAUUAUUUGAUUUUUCUGGCGGGUCUACAAGUUAUACUCAGAUGAUUGUGCAGUCUGUCGAUCAACAUUCUUGGGUUAACUUCUAUGGAAAUAUAGGGAAGACAUUGCUAUCUUUGGUGUCCUUAUCGUUUGGCCUUGUAUUCAUGUGUCAACAUUAUUUGUUAUAUCUGGCCAAUAAAGCAUCAGUCAUCGCCCCUGAACCCAAGAAAGAGGUUUCAGAGCCCCUGCUAAAGUCAUCCAAGCAGCCUGAGCUAGAAAAUGUAUAAUACCAGUGAAGCGCAACGUGUAAUUUGUGAGGAAGAGACCUAUGGCAUUGUUGAGGAUAAUCACUUGUUUAAUAAAACAUUAUCAGCUCAUAUAAUUGGGAUGAUUCAUAUUGUAUCUUUAAAGAGGGAGACAAUUUACACAGCAGAAGUAAAACCUCUGCACUCAGGCGGUUACAUGGAAUGUUGUAUUCAUAAGCAAAUGGAAACGUUUCUUGUUUGGUUAA